AUCGUUGUGUUGUCGCGCUUUUUAAGUAUUUUUUAAAUUAUUUCCGAUAAUUUCAAUAACAAGGAAUUGACAGUAUAGUCUCACAGUUUAAUUCUUUAUCCGUGUUUAGAUUGAUUAUAAAAAUAACUAGGUACUUGAUAAUUGUUACAUUUGCCAUAUCUGAAGACCGCGUACUAAAAUGACGAUGGAUAUUAGGCCAAACCACACUAUUUACAUAAAUAAUCUCAACGAAAAAAUUAAAAAAGAGGAGUUAAAGAAAUCCCUCUAUGCCAUAUUCUCGCAAUUUGGCCAAAUAUUGGAUAUUGUCGCAAUGAAGACAUUAAAAAUGCGUGGGCAGGCUUUCGUGAUCUUCAAGGAAAUAUCCAGUGCUACUGUCGCCCUCAGAAGUAUGCAAGGAUUCCCUUUCUACGACAAACCAAUGAGAAUACAGUACUGCAAAACGGACAGUGAUGUUAUUGCAAAAAUUAAGGGCACCUUCCAAGAGAGGCCCAAGCGACCAAAGAUGCCCAAAGGCGCCGAUGACAACAAGAAGAAGAAGAACAAAGAUGCUGGCAGACAUGCUAUGCUUGGGCCUGGACAACCCAGCUUACUCAACAAUGUCAAUGUGGAACAACCUCCGAACCAGAUUCUGUUCCUUACCAACCUGCCUGAUGAAACAUCUGAGAUGAUGUUGUCUAUGUUAUUCAACCAAUUCCCCGGCUUCAAAGAGGUCAGACUUGUACCAAACAGGCACGACAUUGCCUUUGUGGAGUUCGCAAAUGAAAUGCAGUCAGCAGCCGCAAAAGAAGCCCUACAAGGCUUCAAGAUAACUCCAACACACGCAAUGAAGAUUACUUUUGCAAAGAAAUAGUUUAAUUUAGUUUUACAGAGCUGUAAUGUUAUUUUUAAGUUGAUUACCAAUAAAGUCUGAUUUAUUGAGAA